AUGAUCGUCUCGCGCUCUGGAAAGGUUGUGGAUGUCUGUGGCUAUGGUCCUUCCACCACUAGCCGCCAACUUGAGGUUGUUACUGCUGCUAUUGUAUACAAUCGACCAACCACCGGUGAAACCAUCAUCCUCGUCCUCCAUCAAGCCAUCCAUGUCCCAAAUAUGGACCACCAUCUUUUGAGCACAAUGCAAUCAUGGAAGAACGAUGUUACCAAUAAUGACCGCCCAAAAUUCCUUACUGCCUGCCCCAAUGACAACAACCACUGCAUCCUUGCCCCAUCUGACGAUCCCAACGAUAUUACCCGCCUCCCGCUACGCAUCCACGGCACCAUUUCCUAUCUCAAUGUCCGCAAGCCCACCGCCGCCAAAUACGCCAACUGCAAACAUGUCUCCCUCACCGCCGACGCACCAGACUGGGACCCCCGCACCACCAAAUACCAAGUUGUUGAAGACUCUCUGGUCAACAAUGCCGGAAGACUGCUGGAGAGAGGGGACCUGAAAGACCAACCCUUCAUUUCACCGCUCUAUUCUGAACUUUCCACCAAUCCACCAAUAAUCCACGCAUCAUCUACAAAACCGUUUCCCAAGAACAUGCUAUCCUACACGAAAUUGAUCCCAGAUUGA